GGCCAUGGUGAGCGAGUGCCCCGGCCGCGGCGCCGGAGUGCCCUGGCGGCGAAGCGACGAGGCGCUGCGCGUGAACGUGGGCGGCGUGCGUCGGUGUCUGAGCGCACGCGCCCUAGCGCGCUUCCCGGGCACGCGGCUGGGCCGCCUGCAGGCCGCGGCGUCCGAGGAGCAGGCGCGGCGCCUUUGCGACGACUACGACGCGGCCGCGCGCGAGUUCUACUUCGACCGCCACCCGGGCUUCUUCCUGGGCCUGCUGCACUUCUACCGCACCGGCCGGCUGCACGUGCUGGACGAGCUGUGCGUCUUCGCCUUCGGCCAGGAAGCCGACUACUGGGGCCUGGGCGAAAGCGCACUGGCGGCGUGCUGUCGCGGCCGCUACCUGGAGCGGCGUGUGGCGCGGCCGCGAGCCUGGGACGAAGACAGCGACACACCGAGCAGUGUGGACCCGUGCCCGGAUGAGAUCUCCGACGUGCAGCGCGAGCUGGCGCGCUAUGGCGCAGCGCGCUGCGGCCGCCUGCGCCGCCGCCUCUGGCUCACCAUGGAGAACCCGGGCUACUCCUUGCCCAGCAAGCUCUUCAGCUGCGUCUCCAUAGGCGUGGUGCUCGCCUCCAUCGCCGCCAUGUGCAUCCACAGCCUGCCCGAGUACCAGGCCCGCGAGGCGGCAGCAGCCGUGGCCGCGGUGGCCGCGGGCCGCAGCGCCGAGGAGGCGCGUGACGACGAUCCGGUGCUGCGGCGCCUGGAGUACUUCUGCAUCGCCUGGUUCAGCUUUGAGGUGUCGUCGCGCCUGCUGCUGGCGCCCAGCACGCGCAACUUCUUCUGCCACCCGCUUAACCUCAUCGACAUCGUGUCGGUGCUGCCUUUCUAUCUCACGCUGCUGGCCGGCGUGGCGCUGGGCGACCGGCGCGGCGCAGGCGGCGAGGAGCUCGGCGACCUGGGCAAAGUAGUACAGGUGUUUCGCCUCAUGCGCAUCUUCCGCGUGCUCAAAUUGGCACGCCACUCCACCGGACUGCGCUCGCUGGGCGCCACGCUCAAGCACAGCUACCGUGAGGUGGGCAUCUUACUGUUGUACCUGGCCGUGGGCGUGUCUGUGUUCUCCGGUGUGGCGUACACAGCCGAGAAGGAGGAGGAUGUGGGCUUUGACACCAUUCCAGCCUGCUGGUGGUGGGGCACUGUAAGCAUGACCACGGUGGGCUACGGGGAUGUGGUGCCAGUGACAGUGGUUGGCAAGCUGGCGGCCUCAGGCUGCAUCCUGGGCGGCAUCCUGGUGGUGGCACUCCCGAUCACCAUCAUCUUCAACAAAUUCUCCCACUUCUACCGGCGCCAGAAGGCCCUGGAGGCAGCUGUGCGCAACAGCGACCACCGGCACUUCGAGGACUUGCUGAGCAGUGUGGACGGAGUGUCGGAGGCGUCCCUGGAAACAUCCCGAGAGGCUUCGCGGGAGGGACAGUUUGCAGACCUGGAGACCCAGCCCCCGGGCGAGCCUCCCGACUCCGGGCGAUACUAA